UGCCAGGCAUGGUGGUUGGCUGGUGAGUGCCAUAAGAAAUCCUGCGCUGGAUUUAUAGGGCAGAGAAAACGGAGCCAGGACUGCAUGCUGUGAUGGGAACAGUAUAAAUAAAUCCGGGACUACUGCUGCCACAUCCCAUCGCCAAGGCUCCUCUGAGACAAGUGAAUGUUUUCACACUGGAAGCUAAGACCCUCAGAACAAGUGGACACAGAGGAGCCCAGCGCUGCCCUGGAGAAGCUCUGCAGGUUCCAGUGCCACCCCAUGAGCAUGCACUUCAGUGCUGUUACCAGGGAUAUGGAGGCUUUCACAGCCAACAGCCUGAGUAGCCUAAACGCUUCUGGGGGCUACCACCUCUCCCCAUCUCCGGGGGACCCCUACAGCCAGCACGAAGCUCACUACGAACCUUGCUCUGCGGCUCAGCAUUCCUACAGCUUCGGCCCUGGCUCCAGCCAUGCCUGCCCGGAAUCGGAAAGUGCUGGAGCCUCGUCCUCCAGCUGCUCAUCCUCCUCCACUCCUGGGAGCAACAGCAGCAACAGCAGCAAAGCCCCGGUCAAGAAGAACCCAAAGGUGGCCAACAUCACCGUGCAGCUGGAGAUGAAGGCCCUCUGGGACGAGUUUAACCAGCUGGGCACAGAGAUGAUCGUAACCAAGGCUGGAAGGCGCAUGUUCCCCACCUUCCAGGUGAAGAUAUUCGGGAUGGACCCCAUGGCUGACUACAUGCUGUUAAUGGACUUUGUACCAGUGGACGAUAAACGCUAUCGAUAUGCCUUCCACAGCUCGUCCUGGUUAGUGGCCGGCAAGGCUGACCCCGCCACCCCCGGCAGGGUUCACUACCACCCCGACUCUCCGGCCAAGGGCGCCCAGUGGAUGAAGCAGAUCGUUUCCUUUGACAAACUGAAACUCACCAAUAACUUACUGGACGACAACGGCCAUAUCAUCCUGAACUCCAUGCACCGGUACCAGCCGCGCUUCCAUGUGGUGUAUGUGGACCCCCGCAAGGACAGUGAGAAGUACGCAGAGGAGAACUUUAAGACCUUCGUGUUUGAGGAGACCCGCUUCACAGCAGUCACAGCCUAUCAGAACCACCGGAUAACACAACUUAAAAUCGCUAGUAACCCAUUUGCCAAGGGCUUCAGAGACUGCGACCCAGAGGACUGGCCCAGAAACCAUAGACCAGGAUCCCUCCCACUCAUGAGCGCAUUUGCAAGGUCCAGGAAUCCGGUUUCAUCACCUCCACAGAAUGGAAGUGACAAAGAUGGAGACAGGAGAGAUUACGAAAGGGACACCAGUGGCACUCCAUUACACGGGGAUGCAGCCCAUCAACAACUAAUGUCCAGAGUUCUCAGCCCAUCACUUCCUGUGCCCGGUGGACUUGUAUCUCUUAGUACUGGCAGACCCAGUCCUCCCCAUGAACUCCGAUUGGACCCUCAUUCUCAGGGUUCAGAACCUCUCCAUCACCACCCAUACAAGUACCCAACAAGCUAUGAUCACUAUCUAGGAGCAAAAACCAGACCAAGUCCCUAUCCUUUACCAGGCAUCAGAGGACAUGGUUAUCACCAUCAUCAUAUGAACCCAGCAGCCGCCAAUAUGUAUUCUGCAGCUGGUGCACCUAGCAGUUAUGAAUAUGGACCAAGAUAACGGGAGUGAAUAAUCUUAUUGAACAACUAUUUAAACUUAUUAGACAAUGGAUGUUUUAUGCAUGAUUUUAAUUGUCCAGUAGUGUAUGCUUUGGAUUACAUUACUGCUGAAAUUAAAGUUGCUCUCACCCUAAAUUCAUUAGGGCAGACAUAGUUACCAUUGUGACUGGGACAGCAACCAACAAGCGCGCUGGAUCUUCCACCUAAUCCUGCUGAUGAUGCUGUGUCACUAGAAAGGACAUGCUUUGCCAACAAAGGCACUUUGAGAUGUGUCAGUGACUUGCUGCAAUGCUGUGCUGGGGGCAGGGUGAUGAGCACAGAGACUAAGGAGGAGCAGUAAAUUGGACUUUUAUACAAGUUCAGCUUUACCAAUGCUACUGGAAAAGGAAGUGCAGUAUCGGCCCCCACAGCUGCUCUGUUCGUGAACCAGUGAUCCCGACCUAUUCACACAGGGCAUUGACUUCUGCAGGGUCAAGUGCACUAUUCUUGCUUUAAAGAAGCCAUAUGCUUUUGUUGUGCUGUUUUCUUGUAUUUCCUGGAAAUAAAUGUACAGUAUGGUGGGCUCAGUUGCAGAUGAGCCUUGAGGUAUUAAAAUAACUUCUUUUUUUUUUUACCUUUGGAGAGUGAAGUUUUGGCUGCACUAUUUGUGAAUUAAAUGCACAUUAUGUGCUAUUAAACUAUAACUAUGCAAGUCUUUUACUGUGUAGCCUAUGUUCCUUCACAAAGUCAUCAAGUAAUAUAAUAAAACUGCUUUACAAAUGAGCACACUUGAGUAGACAGUAAAUGUAUAGUGGUGCAUCAAGCAGCUAUGUCCUUAUUCGCUUGUUCCCAACCACAUAACAGUGUAACGUAAUGAGACACUACAAGAUGUGUGCUGUGUAAACUCAACUUUUAUUCAUUUGCUGUGUAUUUUCCAGAUGUAAGUUUAGUUACCGUGCAAUUAUUCAUUUCAAUAUGAUGCCACCUUGUCAACACUUAUUUAUCGGGUGAUAACUAAUGUUUGAACUGCGUUAGUCUUACAUCCGUUUGGCUCAACUCAUAGGUUUGUGCAAAAACUUCUGAUCAACCCAGUGGUUUAAAGGAAGCACUGCUCUACUACACUGGCUAGACUAGAAGCGCCCAUGAAGUUUUAUUUAUUUAGUUAAUAAACAGAAUAAAGCUACUCUUAUUUAUUUUCCAGAUGAGAUUGUAUGAUAGCAUGCCUACGUUACCAGAUGCCCUUGUGCAACUAACAAUUCAUUUCUGCAAGCACUGUAAACACAAGUGUAGAUACAUUUGUAGAUAUGUAUGUAGAAAAACAACCUGUUAAACUGAAAAAAGAAUGGUUUCCUAUAAAUGUUAUUUUUGUCUUC